UUUUUGCCCUUCGGGGAUUGCCUUACUGAACUAGUUGCAUUUGUAGCUAUAAAUCCAACUCGUUAGCAGCAUUUGUAACGCAGUUUCUGUAUAGGCUAGCACCGUUACCUCCCAACCUUUACAAAAAUGUCUGACGACGAUUGGGAGACUGCUGAUGUUGAAGCCUCUCUUGCCAAGCCUGCACCUGUCGCAGCUAGGCCGGCGCCGGCGUUUGAAACAAAGGGCGAGGCUAUCUUAGCAAAGAUCAAUGGGCCAGAUAUGUCCCAAUUCGAGGACGAGGACAAGAACUUUACAGCGCCAGUAGAGCACCAUGUCCCCGCUCCUCAGCCAAAGAAAAAAGAGGAAAAGAAGUAUCGGGAAGAGCGAGGAGUUGUCAUCGAUGACACGCCUCUGGACGACCCUAUCGCGGAGAAGCUGCGGCAGCAGAAGCUGGUUGAGCAGGCGGACUACGAGGCAGCUCGGGAGCUCUUUGGGGGUGUGUCCACCCUGAGGCCGCUGGACAGCUACCUGCCCAAGACGCUGAAGGAGUUUGAGGACUUUGCGGCGGAGAUUGUGGCACGGCACGUGGCCACCCACCGCGAGUCGAAGCACUACAAGGCGUUUGUGAAGGCUCUGGUGAAGGCGGCGGUGGAGCCGCUGGGGCCGGAUGAGGUGAAGGACGUGGAGACGAGUCUGGCGGGCAUCCGGUCAGAUAAGACCAAGAAGAAGAAGGAGGAGGAGGACAAGAAGAAGGGCGCCAAGAAGAACCUCAACAUGGGUCGACAGGGGCUGUCGGCCGGGCUGGAUGACUAUGUGUACGAGGAUGUGGACGGAGAUGACGACUUCAUGUAAACGGAGUGGUGCCAGUGCUGAACACAAGGUGGCGCGGAUGCUCGGAACGGUGGUGUGGUGCGGCGGCGGCGCUCCUUGUCAUGCGGCUGCAUCGAUGUGCGGCGAGGUCGCAUGUGACACGGGGGGGUUCGUGCAAGGGAUGGGUCAUGGGUGGGAGGCGAGGCGAUGCGGGGGCGGGAAUUGGGAGUUGGCUGUGAGGGGCGUGCAUGCAAGGAGGGGUAGGGCAACUUGUGGGUGAUGGGGCGGGAUUGCUGCGUCUGUCAGGGGCGGCGCUUCAGGAGGGGACACGGGUCGCCGGUAUGGGUCGGUGACCUCUGCUUGAUGGCCCCCGCCAGUAAUACGCUGAGAGUCGGGAGUUGGAGCGACGACAUCGAGUUGCUGCCUUGGCACGUUUGGAGGAUUGUGCAGGAUUUUAAGGACUUGUACUUCUUGUUGCCACCGGAAUGGUCCUCUCCUUAUCGCUUUUUUGAGCUGGGUCUUUCAUGUUCGGGUUGGUCAGGAGUCACUACUGCAGUGUGCGGUUUGUGGCGCAGAUUGCAGCAGCUGGUAGUGAUUUUGUUUUGCCCAGACUGGCCCAGAUAACGGCAGGAGAGCACGGAGAAGCUAGGCUGUUUUAACCUCUGGGUUUCGGGGUUUGCCACAAUUCGGCUGCGGACGCGUCAGCAGGGCGGGAUCACAACCCAGAUAUAUCUUAUCCUAUCUGUCCCGGAUGUCGUUUGACAGCGGGGUCUUGACACCUUUCCUGCUGCUGCAUAUCCUGUUGUUGUGGGCGUUCUUGAGGGCCGGAGGCAUCAGUGUUGACUACGCGGGUACGUGCAAGGUUGUAAGCGGGC